AUGUUCCUGAAGGCCGUGGUCCUGACCCUGGUGCUGGUGGCCGUCACCGGUGCCCGGGCUGAGGUCAAUGCUGAACAGGUAGCCACUGUGAUGUGGGACUACUUCAGCCAGCUGAGCAACAAUGCCAAGGAGGCCGUGGAAAACCUCCAGAAGUCUGAACUGACCCAGCAGAUCAACGCCCUCUUUGAGGACAAACUCGGCGAGAUGAACACCUACACAGGUGCCCUGCAAGAGAAGCUGGUGCCCUUCGCUGCAGAGGUGCAGGAACGCCUGACCAAGGACUCCCAGAAGAUGAAGGAGGAGAUUCAGAAGGAGCUGGAAGCGCUGCGAGCCCAGAUGCUUCCCCACGCGGAGGAGGUGGGCCAGAAGAUCGGGGAAAACGUGCGUGAGCUGAAGAAGCGCUUGGGGCCCUACACGGAGGAGGUGCGCACCCAGGUCAACACACAGACCGAACAGCUGAGGCAGCAGCUGACGUCCUACGCUCAGCUCAUGGAGACGGCGGUGCGUGAGAACGCAGGCAACCUGCAGGCCUCCCUGACACCCUACGCUGACAAGUUCAAGACCAAGCUCACCCAGAAUGUGGAGGAGAUCAAGGGACGCCUGACCCCUUACGGCAAUGAGCUCAAGGUCAAGAUCGACCAGAAUGUGGAAGACCUACGCCGCAGCCUGGCCCCCUUGGCUCAGGACGUGCAGGAGAAGCUCAACCACCAGCUGGAGGGCCUGGCCUUCCAGAUGAAGAAGAACGCCGACCAGCUGCAGACCCAGAUCUCCGCCGGCGCCGAGAAGAUGCGGCAGAAGCUGGAGCCCCUGGCGGAAGAAGUGCGUGGUAAGCUGCAGGGCAACACAGCAGAUCUGCAGAAGUCUCUGGCUGAGCUGAGCAGCCAGGUGAACCAGCAGGUGCAGGCCUUCCGCCAGAGCGUGGAGCCCUAUGGCGAGACCUUCAACAGAGUUAUGAUCCAGCAGGUGGAGGAGUUCAGGCAGAAGCUGGGCCCCUACGAGGGCGUGGUGGAGGACCACCUGAGCUUCCUGGAGAAGGAUCUGCGGGACAAGUUCGACUCCUUCUUCAAGAGCUUCAAGGGGACAGAGAGCCAGGACAAGCCCCUGGCCCUCCCGGAACUUCACCAGAGACAGAGUGGGGAGCAGAAG